ACCUUGUCAGUAAUUUGGUAGAAAGUGUCACUUCCUCGAUAGGCAGGCAGGCUAGCAGACAGGCACUCGCUAUCGGAGCAACAGUAUUUGCUCUUGCUCGUAGUCGAAACUGAAUUGGGCAUUACUUGCGGAUAGUUCGGUUUUGUUUGAUAUUUAGAACUAAUUGAAGUGACAAGUGGUUUCAGAAGUGAAUACAAUAUUUUCAAAAAUAAGGAUAUAAGAUACAAUCUGUAAUAUAUUUGUAACUGUCUAAGCAACAUAACUUGUACCCCAAACUUUAUGACGCUUCGGGAAAUUACUGAUUAUUGAAAUGUCAUUUUAUUUUUUUUUAUUGAUAUUGCCUUUUAAUAAUAAUCUUUUCUGGAGUUAUAUUUCUCUUACUCUUUAAAAUGUGUUCACUGCGGUGGUGUGGUGUUGCCUUUGUGCUUGUUGGGAUUGUUGUCCAGGGCUCGGAAGGACAGAACUCCACCUUGAAUGACACGGAUAUUCCAAGCACCAGGUCCAACGCAUCAUGUGAUCAAGCUGGAAGUAGUCAAGGUGCUGGCCAAAAAUUGCUGAUAGAAAACCUGUUUCUCCGCUACGAUGCCCGGAUUCCACCAACAACUAGUAAAGAAGGUUCAACAAAUGUUACGGUCCAGCUGUUCAUCCUGAGCAUUGACUCCAUCAGUGAAACCAACAUGGACUUUUCAAUCAGUAUGUUUUUACGCCAACGCUGGUUCGACAAGCGUUUGAUGUACACACCGAGGGCAGAUAUGGUUCGACUGGAGAUGGACUCGGCGUCAAUAGCACGUGUCUGGGUGCCGGAUUUGUUCAUGCCUGCCGAGAAAAGUGCGCACGUGCAUCACGUGACCGUUCCAAACAAGCUUAUGCACAUUUACCCGGACGGCACUAUACAAUAUAGUCUCAGGAUGUCAGCAACAAUCAAAUGUAACUUUGACCUCCGCAAGUUCCCAUUGGAUAGUCAGCACUGCAUGGUGGAAAUGGAGAGCUACGGAUACACAACGGACACGAUGAGGUUUGAGUGGGCGGGCCUGGAUCCCAUCAGUCACAGUCCGGGCCUUGCCAUCUCUCAGUUCACCCUCAACGAGAUAUCGACUAGCCAAUGCGACAAGCUAUACUACGGUGUCGGGUACUCCUGUGUGCGGUUUGACAUUUCAAUGGUGCGCAGCAAGGGUUACUACAUCACCCAGGUUAUCAUCCCCAGCUACUUGAUCGUGUUCCUUUCAUGGGUCUCAUUUUGGCUUGACAUUGACGCAGUUCCUGCAAGAAUAUCUCUUGGUCUUCUCACAGUCCUCACCAUGACAACACAGAGUGCAGGAGCACGCAACAACCUACCCAAAGUAUCCUACUUGAAAGCGAUCGACGUAUGGAUGGCGGCCUGUUUACUGUUCGUAUUUUUGGCCCUGGUACAAUUUGCGUACGUCAAUGUUCUGUCGCGUGUUCAAAAGCGGCGUCAACUUAAACCCGUGGCCGGUAAAAUAGCCCUUGGUACGCCAAUGUCUGCCGACGACUCUAUACCUCCCAAUGAGGACAUCGAGGCAAACAACACAACUGAAGACAAGGGUGCCCGAUUGUUCGGCGUGGUACGUCGAGCUCAACUCCAGCCUGUGGUCAGUAAAAUAGCCAUCGGUACACCACUGCCUGUCGACAACUCUUUACCUCACAAUGGGGACGUUGAGGCAAACGGCAAGAUGGAUGACAAGGGUGCCCGAAUAUACGGCAUGGUUCGUCGAGCUCAGAUGAGGUUUGGGCGCCUGGUAUCCGCGGACCGCGAGAAAGCGCGCAACAUUGACCGCAUCUCCAGGACCCUGUUUCCGGUCGCCUUCUUUCUAUUCAACCUUGUAUACUGGUGCGUCUAUAUUUUCUGGGAGCCUGCCACUCCGGCAGAGUGACGGCGCGGGCACGAAGUGUAUCUCAAGCCCUCAGAAGUGUACACAAAAGAGACGUGUCGGGUUUGCUUUUGUUUCACUGAACCCAGAACAGAAACUUGGAGAACAGCAAUGAAAUCACAACGUAGUUGCAGGAUUAAUGAGCACAAGAGUACCAUACAAACUUGAUAACUCCAGCUGUUAACACAUUGCCAACUUUGGAGAAAUCCGCUGAAGCGAAAGUGCCUAUAGAGUUAUAUAGGGAAAAUAUGGUUAAACAGUUCUCACGACUUAGUCUUUCAACAGAUUAACUUACUUCCUACAUAUAUGUUAGGAUAAUUCUUGCCCUUGAAGAUGAUGGUUUUGUAUUAAUUGUAUGAUUUUUUACAUUUUGGUCCUUUUUAAGGGUUUUGUUGGUCAUUAAAAGUUACAUUGAAAUAAGAAGGAGCUUAAAAUUGUUUUGCUAUUUAGUUAUAAUAGACAUCUGAUCGCUUAGCUUCCAACGGAUUACGUUGCAGAAUAUUUUUCUCUUUCAAAUGCACUUUUCGAAAUAAUGAAUUUAUAAAUAUAUUUUGGUCCUUUUUGAACAUUUAUGUAAAAUUUGUAGAAAAUCGAUGCCCCAAAAUUGUGUAUUCAACUGUACGAUAAUGGUUUUAUGGCCCACCCCGCGGCGUAUUCAAAGCAGGAUAGAAUUAAUCCAUCGGCAAGGUUAUGACACUGGGAAUGACAUGUGUAUCGAAGAUUGUCAUUUAUAGCAAUAAAAUUAUUCCAUAACCAUUUCGGAUUUU